GGGAACCCGCGCUACAUCCUCUUCAUCCACAUGGUCAUCAACGACGCCAUUCAGCUCACUGUCACCAUCACCCUGUUCGUGCUGAGCUACAUAUUCUACACCAUUAACGUGUCCUUCUGCUGCUUCUUCAUCCUUGUGGCUGUCUUUACCACCAGGACCUCCCCAGUCAACCUAGCUAGCAUGGCCAUUGAGCGCUACAUCUCCAUCUGCAACCCCCUCCGCCACGCUCAGAUCUGCACGGCACGCCGCACCUACACCCUUAUCGGCUUCAUCUGGUUCAUCUGUGUGGUGCCCGACAUCACUGACCUUUUUGUGACCAUGGCCACUGAGUCUAUGAGCUUCUUCCACACACGCGUGUUCUGUCUGAGGCAAAACGUCUUCAAGGACCCCAUUCUGACCUACAAGAGGCAAGCCUUCGACACCAUCUACUUCUCCUGUGUCUUCCUCACGCUGGUCUACACCUACCUGCGGAUCCUGUUCGUUGCCAGGGUUCUGUCCUCAGAGAAGCAGUCUGCCCAGCGGGCCAGGAACACCAUCCUGCUCCACGGAGGGCAGCUCCUCAUGUGCAUGCUGUCCUACAUCUCCCCCACCGUGGAGACUGUCUUGCGUUUCAUCUUACCCGGACACAUCCUGGAGAUUCGCUUCGCAAAUUACCUUAUCGUCUAUAUCCUCCCCAGGUUCCUCAGCCCCAUCAUCUAUGGCGUCCGGGACAAGGAGUUCCGGAAGUAUCUGAAAAGGUAUUUUGUUAGUGACCGGUGUAAGGGGAUGUCGCAUCGAGUCAAUCAUAGUGAAAAGGGAGAAAAUAAAGCAGGUUAA